AAUACAAAACAACAAAAACAACAAAAUAGUUUAAUAGUGCGUGUAACAUUUUCUUUUGCUUUUUCUAAAAAUAUUGUUUUAAUAAAUUUACAAAAGUAAUUGAUUAUUUUUUAUAACAAACCAACAAUUGUUUGCAACGAAUGUCGCAAAAUUAUUAUUUAUAUGAGUCUCAAGCACAAGAUGUUAACAGUGAUCAAACCUCCUUGGUAGCUUCUUUAAUGAGCCAUCCUACUAGCAUCAAUAAAGAUACAACUAUAACAAGCUGUAGUUCUUCUACUCGGACAACGCAUUCCAUUAAAAAUAGCCACAACUACAACGAUAACAAUAUCAGUAACGGCAGCAGCAACAACACUAAUACGACACAUAAGAAGAGCCUAAUUAACCCUGCUCUAGUUAAACGCAAGUAUUAUUCAAAGCGUGAACCGAUUUUCUUCUUUAUAAUGCGUUUAAAUUUAAAAGCUGUCCUUUUGCUACUCACCGUUGCUGUGGUGGUUAUAACCUGUGCCGUUUAUAUGCGUUGUGCAGAAUUUACAUUUCCCCAUGAUUUGGUCAAAAGAUGGGAUCGUAAAUUGUAUGCCGUUGGCGGCAAUAGUGACUUACUUAAUAAUAAUUUAGGCGAAGGUGGAGGAGGAGGAGGGCUAGUUGAUGGUGAUGUCAGUGAUUUAACACCUCUACAAGAUAUAGAGUGCCUAAUUAAUCAAGAAUAUACAAUACGUUGUAAACGUGAUGAAGAAGAUCAUGAGAUCUAUGUGCCAUUUUCAUUUAUACGUAAUUAUUUUGAUAUAUCGGGUUCGAUGAGUAAUCCCUCCUCACCACAAGCUAUAGAGGGUAAUAAUGAGGUACAAGCACCAGCAGCAAAGUUUAUGUGGAUGCAUAGUACGGCGAAAAUAAAUUUACCAAAGGGUAAAUAUGAUCCUCGAGGAUUGUUUAUGUAUUUUGAAAAUUACAAUGUAGAGGUACGUGAUCGUGUUAAAUGUAUAAGUGCAGCCGAUGGUGUACCCAUUAGUACACAAUGGGAAAAGCGCGGCUAUUUUUAUCCCACACAAAUAGCUCAGUUUGCUUUGUCACAUUACAGUAAGAAUCUUACAGAACCAGAGCCAAGAAUAAGAAUUCUUGAAAAUGCCGAUAAUGUGUUAAAUACUUGGUCCAUACCAAAAGGCAGUAAUCUUACACGCAAAUGGCAUCCGAAAUUUAAUUCAUCUGUUAUACAAUAUGAAACUGCCAUAGAUUUUGAUAGCGCUAUAACACUUAAUAAUAUAGAUCAAACUUUGGACUUAGUUUUAAAUAUAGAUUUAUUGCUUAUUACAAAUAGUAGUAGUCUAAUGGUGACGGUAGAAAAUCACGAAACAAAACGUACUUAUCGUGUUCAUUAUAUACCAGCCGAUCUGCUGUUAAGUGUACAAGAUGAGAAUAUUUAUUAUGGCCUGAGUGUGCAGGCCCUUAAUAAAUGGCGUCAUUUAACGCGUGAUCUUCAUAUCGAUGUACAAAAGGGCCUGGCCAUGGAGAGUCCUAAAAAGUCUGGCAUUAAAAUUAAACGUUCAGAAUUACGUAUUGUAUCGAUAUCUUUAAUGGGUAUUGGUUUCUUUGACAAUAUUACUUUGUCGACGUACAAUCAUUUGGCUCAUUUCUACGAUGCUGCCGAAUGGUUUGUUAAUAAUCAAGAUCUACGUACUGGUGGCUGGCCCAAUCCAGUGAGGCGUAGUUUAAAUGGUUUUGCCGAAUUGAGAUCCGGUUGGUUGUCUGCCAUGGGUCAGGGUCAUGCUAUAUCAGUGUUGGCGAGAGCCUAUUGGCAUUCGGGCGGUGAUAAAAGGUACUUAAAAGCGGCGUCAUUAGGUUUAAAGCCUUAUCGAGUAUUAUCGAAAGAUGGUGGUGUGCUGGCGCAGUUUAUGGAUAAAUAUUAUUGGUAUGAAGAAUAUCCAACUACUCCAGCUUCGUUUGUUUUAAAUGGCUUCAUUUACUCCCUAUUGGGUUUAUAUGAUCUUAAUUCUACGGCUCCCUCGAAUAUUGCCAAUGAAGCGGGUAAACUUUUCAAUCAGGGCAUGAUAUCCCUUAAGAAAAUGUUACUUCUCUACGACACUGGUUCGGGUACCAGUUAUGAUUUGCGACAUUUAAGUUUAGGCGUUGCGCCAAAUUUAGCACGUUGGGAUUAUCAUGCUACGCAUGUUAAUCAAUUGCUACUCUUGGCCACAAUCGAUUCAGAUCCAAUUAUAUCACAGACUGCCGAACGUUGGAAGGGUUAUAUGUUUGGUAAACGAGCUAAACACAAUUGAGUAUGUCUGAGACCGGGGAGCAAUACUGUACGCCGUUGCCAUAAAUAUAAGCGCACAAAAGAAACUCCCUUGGUUUCGCGAUAAAAAAAAAAAGAAAAACUACUGUGACAGCUACUACCACACUGGUUUACUAAAACUACUAGUACUCCUCUUCCUUUAAAAGAAAACAAAAACAAAACAAACAUUAAAAUGAUAAUGUUAGAAAAAUAAGUGAUAUUUGCACAUUUGAACUUAAGUAUUGUUAUUUAUUUUUGUACUUUGAAAACAAAUCGAAACAGAAAAAAAAUUAACUUUCCUAAAGUGAAUUUUUUUUUAAUUUAAUUUUUAUUUUAGAAUUUAUGAUGAAAUCUAUGUUCUUGUCUUUUUUUUUGUAUAAAUAAGUAUAAUACCAAGAAUACUGUUAUAAACAGUAUUUAAAAAAAAUCUUUAUUAGUAUUAACAAUUUUUGUUUGUAUUUUUUUUUUAAUUUUUUAUAUAUUUUAUACUUUUAUGUAUAUUUUUUUAUUUUAUUUAUGUAUAUUUUUAUUUAUAUCUUUUAAAGUAUAAUUUUCAUCUGUAUUUACUAAUGUAUUUGGUGCUGUUUUUUUAGUUUUAUAUAUUUUUUAUUUUAUUCUCUGCUUAAUGUUUAAAAUAAAAACAAUGUACGUACCUUUUUAUAAACUUUUAUACACGAAUAGUAAAAAUAUUUUCUUUUUUUAUGAUUAUUAUUAUUUUUGCCAUUUUUAUUUAUAACUAUUAACGACAACAAAAACUUUAACUUUUCAAUACUUUAGCUUUAACUCUAAUAAGUCUAAAUUAUGGAAAUUUUUUUGUAAUAAAAAGAAUGUAUACCUAUAGGUUUUUGAAAAACCUACAAACAUA